ACAUCAAAAGUAAAGUUCAGCAAUGUGAAAAUUCUGUAAACUCAAUAAGCAAAGAUUCAUCGUCGAAUGCGUCAGAACGCUAUAUUGAGAUAGAAAAACAAAUUAACGAUAUUACCGAAGAAUUGAAUGAAUUAGCCAAACGAACGAAAUAUGAUCUUAAUCCAUUGUUUAAUGUUCGAUUAAAAGCUUGCCCUUUUUAUAAAGAAACCUUUGAACCUAUUGUCAUAAACCUUUCCCGACUUUAUCACAUAGUGCAUCAAGGACUAGGUUCUGAUCAAAGUUCAAGUUCAUCAAAUUUUCCUUCUGUAACAGCUUCAAGUGCUGUGUUACCAUCUCGAGAAAGAUUUAUGCGUCAAUCUCAUAAAUAUUGGAUUCAUCCGGAUAAUGUUAUGGAAGUUAAAACCACCAUUCUGCGUAACCUUCCAGUUUUAAUAUAUAAACCGGGAACUGAUGCUUCUGUUACAUCAAUAUAUUUUGAUAAUGAAGCGUUUGAACUUUAUCAAGAUAAGGUUGAUCGUAAGCCUGGGGAUCAACUCAUCAGAUUGCGUUGGUUUGGUAAUAAAGAAUUGACAAAUGAAAUAUUUGUUGAAAGAAAAAUUCGAGAACAAGGAGAAGAAGAAAUUAAAGAUCGGUUUUUGAUAAAAGAAAAAUAUGUUGAUGGAUUUUUAAAAGGCACUUAUUCAAUGGAUAAGACGAUCAAGAAAAUGAAGGAAAACCCUGUCCUUCGUACUUAUUACAAUCGUAUGGCUUUUCAAAUCCCACGUGAUGAUCGAGUAAGAAUCUCACUCGAUACUGAAUACUAUAUGAUUCGCGAAGAUAAUUUUGGUGUAAAACGUCGUCAAGGCGAUGCUUGGCGUCGAACGGAUAUAGACGAUGCUGAUUUUGGAAAAUUAUCUCAAUCUGAAUGUACCAAAUUCCCUUACGCUAUCCUAGAGAUUAAACUUAAUUUGGACGGUGAACCAGAACCAAAUUGGGUCAAAGAAUUAAUUAAAAGCGGUUUGGUCGAAGAAGCACCACAAUUUUCAAAAUAUGUUCAUGGUGUUGCAACUUUGUUCACUUCUCAAGCACCUUCUUUGCCGUAUUGGUUGCCCAAUAUCGACAAAGAUAUUCUUAAACCAAGUGCACGUCAAUCAUCCGAGGAAUAUGAUGAAGAUUAUGAUGAAGGGACGUCAUCUGCAUUAUAUGGUAUUAAUCAAGAACGCGCAAGACGUUCGGGAAAAAAUAUCAUUGAUAUCGAUUCCCAGGACAAGAGGGAUAAAGGAAAAGCCGUUGAA